ACAGUAAAUUCUGGACUCUGGUAUCAGUAUUCCGUAUCUCUUCAGUUUUCAUUUGAUUUUUGGUUGAUCGCUAUUGGCUAUUACUGUUUAUUGUUUACCAUAGUUUUAUCAUAUUAUUUAACUGACUAUAAAAAAUAGUGGCUUAUAGCAGACGCUAUAUAGUAUUCUAAGGCAAAGCUAUAUAGUGGGCAGUUUAUCAAAUUAUCAAAUCAAGCCUGCGGCUUAAAUCAACUAAAGCCAGUAAAAUAUAGUGAAUACUAAUUGAUAUUGUGACUUAAAAUCACUGAUUUCCUAAAUAUUUUUAAGAAUUUUACUCUCAAUUUUUCAAUAUGCCUCAUUUCCGUUUGGAAACAAAUAUUUCCAAGUCUAAAGUAACACCGUUAUUGAAAAAGCUUUCUGCAGCUGUGGCUAAAACUCUUGGAAAACCAGAAUCGUAUGUAGUUGUGACUAUUGUGCCCGAUCAGCUUAUGACUUGGGGUGGAGAUGAUAAGCCCUGUGGUACAGCUACUUUAAUGAGCAUCGGUUGCCUAGGCGUUGAACAAAACAAGAAACAUGCCGCCGUCUUGUAUCCUCUUUUAAAAAAAGAACUAGGCAUACCAGAUGACAGAUUAUACAUAACAUUUUCGGACCAAAGUUCAUCCAACGUUGGUUAUACUGGAACAACCUUUCAAACAAUUUUAGGAUAAUUAAUAUAAGAGGAACUGGAAAUUUGCAUCACCUAUGACUUUUUUUUAAAGUUUCGUCUUCUAUAAUCUUCUAAACUUUAUAGCCAAAUCCAUAAAAAUUCAACAUAGAUUUAAAUUAAGAAAAAUAAACAGUGCAUUUACGUAUAUA